AUGGCAACGUUACUGGGAUAUUCGAGGAACCAUAUUGACGUGUUGGUAAAUCUUCCGGGGCAGGAGCCGUGGCGUCUUACCUGUUUUUACGGCUACCCUGACCAAGCAGACAGACAGUUAUCAUGGGACUUAUUAAGGGGGCUUAAGAGGCGCUCGCGGUUGCCAUGGGCAGUCAUUGGGGAUUUCAAUGACUUAGCAAGUCAUACGGAGAAGUGGGGUGGUAGAGUACAUUCAGACAGAUUAAUCCAGGGCUUUAAUGCAGCGCUGCAUGACUGUGGGCCAAAUGACCUGGGGAUGGAAGGGCACGAGUUUACUUGGGAGAAGGGGAAGGGCUCGGCACGUUGGGUGCAGGAAUGGUUAGACAGGGUUGUGGCAACGACAGAUUGGUGUGCUAUGUUUUCCGAGGCAUUGGUCAGAAAUCUUAUUACUGUUAACUCGGAUCAUAGUGCUAUAAUUUUGGAUUUAGAAGUAAGGCCUGUCCGGCGAGUAACCAGGAGAUUUAAGUUUGAGUCUGCUUGGUUAUUAGAUGGGGAGUGUCGAUAG